GCAUUUAAAACAAAACAUUGUUAAGCCGUGAAUUAAAAUAGGAUUAUUACGGUAUUCAUUUUCGAGCAAAUAUCGAAGAACUCAAAAUGGAGAAGAUGGGUAAUCCGCCGCCAUAUGGAUGGGGAAAUGGCCCGAGGAUGCAGCCUCCGCCAGCCGCGCCGCCGAGUUACUCACAAGCUGUGGGUGGUGUGGGACCUUCAAGUCCUUACACACCGCAAUAUCCUGCAACGGCGGGUCCACCAAUCGUGACUACUGUUGUGCCGGUGGGAUCGCAUCCAACCCACAUGAUCUGCCCCAGUUGCCAGGCCGAGAUUGACUCGGAGACUCAGACGAAGCCCGGCAUCAUUGCAUACAUCUCUGGGGCCAUCAUCGCUCUUGGCGGUUGUUUCUGCGGCUGUUGCUUGAUUCCGUGCUGUAUUGACAGCUGUAUGGAUGUACAUCAUCGCUGCCCCAACUGCAGCGCCUACCUCGGCCGCUAUCGUCGAUAAACACCCGUACAACUAGCAUAACUCCCUUCAAACAUCGGAGUUCCGAGUGAUAGGGAGAGCAUUUAACUCUCAAUGUUGUCCUUGUAACCGUAGAAUUACACUGCAAUAAUCAUUUGUAUGAAUAUAAAUUGUUAUCAAUUUCAUUCUCACGACAGUCGAAUUCUACGGUUAAACUAUCCCAGCGUAAUCUCUUCUCAAUUUAUCCAAGUCGAUGUUAGUAUGUCCUAAGUCAAAACCUAGAUCUAGUCUAGUAUCCGCAUCACACUAGGAGGUAGAUC